GACCUGAGAUCAUCAAGUCCUACUAUCAGAGAGAAACAUGAACUUUUAUUGAAUAAAUCUCCUUGCUGUACAUGCCUGAGGCUACGUGCCAUGGCCAGAGCGACCUGAUGGGGCCCAUGGGAAGAUGUGGCCAACGCCCUGUGAUUGGUGUGAAACACCAAUGCCAAGCACACGAGAUGCAAAUAAUGGAGUGGGUAUUGGAACUGGGAAAAGCCCAGAAACUUGUGAAACUAGUGCUGGCACUGAAGCACGUGCUGCAGGUGAGGACGGCUCAUUGUGAUGACCCAACAAUGGACUGUGGCAUCGCUGUGGGAUAGGCAGUGAUGUCCCCAAGUGAAGGUCGAAUAAAGGUGACGCCCGACAGCUUGGCCAAGCUGUAGUUUGAGACAUCUCCAAGCAACAGAUUGUGACUCCAUAGCCCACAGAUGCUUUAACGUGGUGUAGCGGCUCAGCUCAGCAGUUCGUGCCUGGCCUCCGACCGAGCGUGUGUGCGAGGAGUGGAGUGUGGACAGGGCGAGCUUUGGUGCUGGAACGUGCUCUGGGUGCUGCUAGUGCAGCUCUCAGCAGCCGUCUCAGAGCCACUUUUUCUUUACCCCGACCCUGCUGGGAGCAGGCAGACGGGACAUCCCAGAGAGGCACGUGCAGCAGCAUAGUGUGACACCUGCUACUGUAGUGUCAGUGCUGGGGAGCGUGUUGCCAUCUUCUGCUCCCCCUAGCCCACCACAACUGGUGGAAGCAUGGAGGCAGCAUUAGACACCCGCUGCCCCGUGUGCCUGGAGAACUGGGACAGCGCAGCAUAUACCAUGCCAUGCUGCCACCAGUUCUGCUUCCCCUGCAUCCAGCGGUGGACAAGCACCAGGCCCCAGUGUCCGCUUUGCAAACAGGGUGUACGAUCCAUCAUCCACACUGUGCGAGCGGACAACGACUAUGAGGAGCUGGUCCUCAGACCAGCUGCAGUGGCAUCCACUGCCAGACGGAGCCCUGCAGGCCCCCGAGCAGCCCAGCCAUGGCCUGCAGUGCCCACGCAUCCUGUGGGUGGCCUUUCCCCUGCCACCUGGGCUUCCCUCUUCAGGGAGUUUCCAGCUCUGAUGCGGCCCCUGCGCUCCUGGCUGCGACGGAAGCUGCGCCACAUCCUGGGCACUGAGGAGUCACAGGCAAAUACAGUGGCAUACAGUGUCAUCUGGGCCCUGCUCCUUGUCGGCUUGGCAGAAGAGAUCCUGAUAGAAAUGCUGGAACCCGACCUGCAGGGCCACACAGUGACCUUUGUAAGGCACUUCAUUGCCUUCACUGUGCAGAGGUGCGCCAGGGAGGCUCAUCGCUUGCUGGGGCUCAACAUCGCCCCUGCUGCUGGGGCACAGGAGGCCAUUGCAUCAGAGACCAGAGCUGCCCCAGGAGAGGAGGCUCCUGUCCCUAGCCCAGCAUCCUCCAGCAGCCCUGCCAGCUCCAGCAGGGACGAAAUGCUGGGCAGGACAGGAGAAGAGCUCAAUGGGCGUCCCAGCCUCCCACAUUCCAACCUUGUGAAUGUCACCAUGGAGCAGGCAGUGCCCCAUGAGGAGCCAGAAGAGCUUGUUGCAGGGCCCUCUGGCACCAGCCCACCUGAGGGGACCCGGCGAGCCCCGAAGAGGAAGGCCAGCAGCUCCCAGCUGUCAGCAUCACCGAAGAAGAGGCCACCCCGCCGGCAGGAUUAGAGCAGUGGUGGAGCUGAAGAGACGGGCUGGGCAGCAAUUGGAACAUACACCUGCCCCAAUGGACUCUUGCCAUCAGUGUCCAAUUCCACCAUGGAAAUAAAGUAGAACAAAAGGCU